AUAAAAGGAUUAAUUGCUGCCCCGCUUGCUCCAUUUGAUGAAAAGGGGUAGGUUGAUACACUACCUCCAAAUGUAUUUUAUUGAGGGGACAAGCUGUUACGUUUAUGUGAGGGGAAAUCUCUAUUCGUCAUAAUCUCAUUGGCUUCUCAGAGAUUUCCCCACCACAGUCACUCCUUCCCAGCUGCAUACUAAUUUUAAUUUAAUGUUACUUACCUAUUUAUUAUAUUUUUUAUUCUACUUACCGGUAUUGUAAUUUAUUCUGUGUGGCAAAAUAAUAAAAUUAAUAAAAUUAAUUAAUUAAUUAAAUCGUUUAUUGACCAGACAGUUUGAUAAUGACUUCUUAUGCAGUAAGUAAUAAGUAAAGAUUACGAAGUGUAUUCAGUUGAUCUUGAUCCAAGGCUCUCUCUCCUUCGGCAAGGUGGUGAUAAUGUCUUUUCUCACCCCUCCAAUAUCCACAGGAAUACUCCAAUUAAUGUCUCAUACAAUCUCUCUCCAAUUACAGUGCAUGCUAUAAUGUCAAAGGCAGUAAGAUAUAACAUUUCUAGCAUCUCAAUAAUUACUAUUUUAGUCAAUAUUUGACUCUAGCAGGUAAUGCAGGAGCAUAUAUUAAACAAGGCAGAAUAUUUUGUGGCAGACUUUUAUUGCUACACUUGGAACUUUUGAUGAGCAGUCCAGUGGACAUUUUCAUUGUUUAUAGCAUUCAUAAGGAGACAUUAGCGUAAAAACCUUCAUUAGCCCAUUUUUUAUGACAAACGUAUGGCAUACAUUUCUCCACAGGGAACUUAAUUUAUCAUUGGUAGAUGAUUAUGUAAGCCACCUUGAAAAUGAGAAUAUCAAAGGAGUAUUUGGUAAGAAUAUUUAAUGAGGUUGACUUUUUUUUGAAUGACAGAAAAUGUUAACAAACAAUAUUCUUAAUACGAUACAGAAUUCAGUUGAGUUAGAGGUCAUAUUCUAGGACAUUUAGCAGUAGUGGCAGAUCCAGGGGGGAAGAGUCCAAGAGGUACCAAUCCAAUACAUCCCCGUUAAUGAUAGCCCACUUUGUUAAUCCUGACAUUGAGCACUUUUUUUGAGUCUCAGAGUAUCACUUUGUAUGCUUGUCAUCCUCUUCGAACCUUGAAUUUUUUACCCGUAGGUCUCAGAUUUUUAGACAAAGGUCUCUAUGUCUCAGGAAGCCAGCGAUUUUACCAAUGGUUAUCAGCCCUGGAUCAAUAAGGAGUGACUGCUGCAAGAAUUCCAGUGGAUGAGCACCCAAGGAAUCCCCUUGGAUCUGUCAGCAGGGAGAUUUAUGGCAACAAUGAUGGCGACGGCAGCGAGAAUGUCAAAAUGCAAUAGGUUUGAUUGGCAAAAGAACAACUUUUUGCAUGUGCAGCACACUUUUUUGUACAUUUCUUUGCUGUCACUGCAUGGCUAUGGCUUGAGAAUCCCCAAUUUCAUGCUUUAUGGAGGACGUAAACAAGCAACAAGGAAUUUUUCUUUUUCUUUCAAAACUUGAGUGUGGUCCCCAAGAAAUCAAAUCCAGGGAGAUUCGUCUACAUUUGACAUUUUCAGCAAAUUGGAAUAAGCGUGACAAAGUUUGCAAAAUCUUAAUUCAUUUAAAAGUGACGUUUUUACUGCUGUUGCCAUCGUCGAUGCUAAAGCCCCCUACUGUGGGAGAGGGGAGGGCGCUAAAUGAAAGUUUGCGAGGGCAGAGAAGCUGGCAUUCAAAGGUGUCUCAUGCACAUCACUGUUAAGAAGACAAUAGGUUGGCUUGUGUACAGAAGACCACGAGAACUCAGCGUUGGGCAUGUAGAUAUAACAAUACUGGAAAAAAUUGCUCACAGGGUCUUGAUAAAAGUGCAAUUUUGGCAGGAUCAAUGGAUACAUGGGUGACUGGGUGGAUGGCACUGGGAGGUGGAAUCUUUCCUUUUCUAACCACCUGUGGAAAAGUAAAAAUGAUUCAAAUUGGAAGAUAUGAAAAAUCAGAAGUAAAGUGACUCAUGAAGGGAAGAUGAUUUUUGUGUUAUGGGUGAUUUUCCAAAAACUGAAGGUUUGAGCAAUGUGGAUUGUACUGUACGUUAUUAAAAGAGAUGACGCCACUCAACAGUGGAAGGCAUCUCGGCCCUUAUUUACAGCAAUUCUAAUUUUAAUUAAUAUUUUUAACAUUUUCCAACUUAUUUAAGUAUAUAGAGUGUAAUUUCUGCUACUGGCUUUUUACAUUGAUAUGACAUUUAAAUACUUCAUGUAUAUUGGAACCUCUCCUUUGGGACACCUCCAUUCAGGGGAUACAAAAUUUGGUCCCCAGAAAAAUAUCCACAUAUAUACCUCUAUUGGAAGGACACCUCUUAUUCAGUGGAAGGGGAAAUGUUUUCAGAGUCCCAAUUGGGUUUGACCUCCAUUCAGGGGACACGUCCUUAGCACUCAAAAUGUGACUGACCACAUUUAAAGAGGGUUGACAUCUUUAAGUGUGCACACCAUGAUGGCAGCUUUCACAACUGAACUAUAUCACUUAAAUUGAUGUACAUCACUUGUGUGAAUUCAGCAGAUAAUGUCAUAGAGAUAAUUAGUUGAUGAUGAUUUUUAUAUAUAUGUAUAUAUUAUUGUCUUUGUUUAGCCUGCGUAGCAGGCGUCGAAAGGGGUAGGGGGUAGGGGAUAGGGAGGAAGGGAAAGAGGGGAGGGGGAUUGGGGAGAGGGGGAGGGGACGCCUGCUCUAAGAACCCCCUUUUGUUCAUAUCUGCAGACGCUGGCGUCCGCAAGUUCCUGAUUGGCUGAGCCGUAAUGAGUAACAUAUUGAAAUGUGCGUUUCACAAAUCAACAAACAAUCGAGAUGGCAGCGGUAGACGUGGAUGUCGUAGAGAGUGCUUUGAGAGAUGUGAAUUUAUCUAGUGGUAGAGAAACUGUUUUAAAACCAGAGCAAGAAUCAGCAGUAAGGGCUCUUUUAGCCAACAGAGAUGUUCUGGCGGUUUUGUGGACCGGAUACGGCAAGAGUUUAAUUUACCAAAUGUUUGCGCGAAGAACUACGAGCUAAAUGGUAAAGCGGCGAUUCUCGUCAUUUCGCCACUGAAAAGUAUUAUCGAAGACCGGUUGCAGGAGAUGGAAUUGUUGGGCUGCCCAGCGAAAGAUUUAGCCAAUUUAUCGAACGUUGACAUUCGCCGAUGUAACUUAGCAAUAAAAGAGGGUGGUUUUACCUCAUGCCAAAAUGCUGCUUAUUCCAAUAGAGUUGUUUUUAUCUGCUGGUAGAUUAUGCUCUGGAAGGUUCUGCAUUUAUACUGAGCAAAUCUUAUUUUAGCCACAUGUUUCACACUGAGAGGUUAUGACAUACAUAUCGAUUGACUGUAGUUAUUGUUUUCUGGUCGGCAGAAUUUGCCCUCUGAUGCAAGCGCAAUUUCUUUGACCUCUUUUGAAGCGUAAAGCUUUUUUUAUUAUGUCUGAAUAAGGGUUCCAAUUUUCUCCAAAGUGCCUUCUGGAUCUGAAUAACUAAGCGAAUUUCUUUAGUCCGUGAGUGUAAUGUUUUUCUGCAAUGGCGAGUGUAGCGACACUUGAUUGACAGUAAGCGUAAUCAGAUUACUAGAACAUUGGUAGUAGGCAUUAUGCAAAAACAUAGGCUCUUAGAGCAGGCGCUCCCUUCCCUUUUCCCUUUCUCCCUCCCCCCUCCCCCUCCCCUUUUUGCGCCUGCCACGCAGGCUAUCUUUGUUGGUUGAUUCUUAACAAACCCCAGCCCAACCUAUAUUCAAUGGUCAAAUGCAAGCUUCUAUUCAAGGGAGACUUGCCUUGGUGCCAACAGUGUCCCUUGAAAUGGAGGUUCCACUGUAUGUAUAGGUAACAUGACCGUCACUGUAAUUUACGCUUUUAGUUAAUGGUACUUUUGGUGAGGGCAUUUUACUGACAACUGAUGAGAGAAAGAAGCUUGCUGAAAAGUGGAUACAAGCAUCAAAAGAAAGGUGAAAAUUAUUGUUGUUCAGAAUAUAAUAAACAUGAAUGUAGGAAUAUACCUAAGCCCCUUUUACAGUCAAACCCUGUUAAUACCGACACCCUAUAUAUACUGCUGUUGAAUUUGUCUGUUAAUUAACAGGGUGUCCAAAUGAACUUGUGGGUUGAAUUAUUUUGGAGAAAAUGUAAGAGCUUUCUUUCACCAGAGACAAAACAAAGUGUCUGUGAGAAUGAGGUGUUUGUAUUAAGUGGGUGUCCGUAAAGCGUGGUUUGACAGUAUCAAUAGGUAAUACAAUAUCAGGAAAGCUUUUGUUUACACCUACUGUAUUUGCACUUUGAUAUUGUUCUUAAUUUUUAACUUGUCAACCCUAGCAUAUAGUUCAGUUAAUCAAAAAGAUCAGCCUGGAUCAAUUUUCAUCUCUCCAUUUAUGUCCAUGGAUUCUGGAUUCUAACAGGGGCUGGAGGGCUAUAUGGAUGGAAUCCUUGAAAUUGAUUCCAGAUUGCAGAUUCCAAUCUUGUACUCUGCAUGCAAAAAUUCAUUGAUAUUAUUGACACCCAUUUUUUUUAAUCAAAACAAAGCAUCCCCAUGCAAAGGAGCCUGCCAGCUAAUAAAGUCAGUGAGUUGACAUUGCGCCGAUCGUCAUCAUUGUCUCCUAUACCAAUAGGGUAUUUAACAGUUAUUCCACGAGUGCACAUUGGAUUUGAGAUGGUAGAUAGCCAGCGAGGCACUUAGUGCUGAGUUAGCUAUUAUCAUCUCAUAUCCAACAAGUGCGAAAGGGACGACUGAUAGUGGUUACCAUAUUUGGAGAGCCUGGUAUAAUGGUACAUGUACCAUGAUGGCUAAGCCAAUCAGAGCUCUAGAAUUGCAUUAUCCAGUGAUUCAGUUUUUAAUGCUAAUUAUUAUUUCUCACCACAGGUAACCCAGGAUCUGUGAUAGUGCCACAGUAAGAUUCCUGUAAAACUACAGUGUCGGUUAUCGGGUAAAGUUGCAAUCCUAAAAUUGGUAGGAAAUACCAAAUUCAAAUUCUCCCUCCAUACAAUAAAAUGGACAAAGUAGGUGGCAAGAGAUGAAAUCUCAGCUGCCAUCGCUCCCUUUCCAACACCACUUUUUUCAUGAAAUUCGAAAUCCAACGGUUCAUAAACGCGCUAGGCCCGUAGAAAUAGGACUGCCCCAGAUGUGUAAACCAAUGAAACUUCCCCAGCAAGCAAACUGGAAGAAGAGAAUCCAAAAAUGACCGAUUCGACUUGCUCCAAAGAAGACCAGUGUAAAAAAUCAACCCCACCCUGGGGUCCCUGAGUGGCUUACUGGAAGUUACUGGUAGCAUUUCCUUGAGAGAUAUUGUUUACAUUUGCUAAAAAUAAUGAAAAAAAUAAACAUAUAGCAGCUGAUGUCUAAAUUUUGUAAGUUUUAAACUCUGACACGAAAAAAUCCAACGUUUCCCAUUUUUACAAAAAUGGUCAAAACAGAAAGCUUAAUAGACCACGAAAGACUGACGACACAGCGACCACAAGAACAACAAAAAGCAUUAGUUAGAUUAGCAAAGCAUCAAUUUGGAAUAUGCAUCAUGGAAAAAGUGGUGUCGGAAAGGGAGCGAUAGCGGCUGAGCUGUUAUCACUUGCCACUUAUAUCACCUUGUCUAUUUUAUUGUAUGGAGGAAGAAUUAAACAUAUUAUCAAGAGCCUUCGUGUCAGCAUUAAGGAUGAGAACAACUACCUGCACAGUAAGUUUCAUUGACUUUUACUUAUGUAUUUCCUACAAAUUUAACAAUCGUAACUUUACCCCAAACAAACACUGUAAUACUGUGGUACUAUCACUGAGCCUGGGUUACCUGUGAUACUAAUAAACCAAUCAGAACACAAGGCGCUGAAUAUUUGGUUCUGCUUAAGCACAUGCCGGCUAGAAGAAAACUGGACCGAAUUAACUUUCGCAAAGCCUUCUGGGAUUGUUAAGAGGGACAGGAAAAAAGGAUAGCCAAUAGAGACCUUAUGAUCGAGGUUUGGCCAUCUUAUCGCAAACGGUGGUUUGCGGUUAGGGUCUAUCCAUAUUUGGAACUUAAGAUUCGCGGGUGGUAGCUCGCGGCUUCCAUGUUUGUUUAUAUUUCAUUGAUUUGUUGACUUCUAGUUUAUAUGAGAAAUCGUCUUCAAAAUUACGUUUCGAUGAAAACGAAUUCGAUCAUAAAUAAGCAAAAGAGUUGUAAAAAGUAGCAUAUCCUCUCAAACAUGGGAUUGUGAUGUUUUAGAAUGCAAAAAUGCCUGCGGUAAGUCACUUACCUCUAGAGCGUUAGUCUAGCCGUAAAAUCAUGAACCGCAAACUGCAAACCAGACGGCAAAGGUUCUCUGCACGUGACUUCUUGUCAUUCGCGGUUUGCGGGAACUGCUCAGAAACCUCGAUCUUAAGGUCUCUUAUAGCUGACAUAGCUGACCGGCGCCCCCCGAGGGGGGGGGGACUCCGCAUAUGAAAGGGGUGGGGAUGCUCGUCGUCUCGCUUGGGGGUGUAAAUUUCGGAUUUUGGUCUCACUUAGGGUGCUCUAGGCAAAACGCCAUCAUAUUUAGCCGUGAAGGUCUCCUUUAGGGUUGCAAGCGACAAAAUAUUAAAAUAUAUAUAUUGUCUGUGUUUUAACAAGGUCUCUUUUAGGGGUCAAAAAAAGCUUGGGCCACGCCCAGAUCGGUCUCCUUUAGGGGUUUAAUUCAAAAUUUCCGACGAGCAUCCCCACCCCAUUCAUAUGCAGAGUUCCCCCCGGGCCCGGCGCGUCCCUAGUAACGAUCCCAGAAGCAAUUGCGGAACGCAAGUUGGGUCCAGUUCCCUUCUAGUUUCUAAUGUGUCGAAUGCCCAGCAACGUAAAACUUAUAAAUAAAGAAAUAACAGAAUAUGAGAUGAUCAAAUUAAAGACUGACCUAAAUAGCUUAAGUUUUUUCCCUAUCCAGGCUUGAUCCAGUUAUAAUACACAUUGGAUGCCCUAACUUAAAGGAUUCUCAAGAACUGGUUAGUAUAGUUGUGCAAAAAAUAUUUUAUUGUUGUUGCGGCGGAAAAACCUCUAGUCUACAUCCCUGAUGAAAUCGAACCCUGGUUGGUAACGUCUGCGAAGCAGUGCCGGUGCCCUUGUAAUGGGCCCAGCAGAUUUAACGAAUUACUGGAAAUGCGCGGUUUCGAAUAGGCCGAGUUCCAAUAACCCUCACUUUCAAAAUAAAGCUAGGUGCACACCUUUCUUGUGAAAAUGAGUUUCAUUUGCAUGAGAAUGAAAAGUGAUUUCCAUAUCAAAGGCUGAGCACCUACCCUCGUUGUGAAACAGAGGCCCGGGGGAACUCGGAAAUGGCCUAUUUCCCUUCAACCUGAUUGGCAAAGCAACAAUGGGCCAAUCAUGGCGCGUACUCAAAUCCUGGUACACGUGUGAGGGUCGAAAAGAAGGAUUUUGGCGCUGUUUCGAAGACGGACUUAACCAGGCCCCAGUUGCUCAGUGGAUAACGCAAUCGCUUUCCCUAAUACUUAUCUGUUGGAUAGAGAUUUACCCAGUGGAAGGUGCUAUGUAACGUUCGAACAAUCGAGGCCAGAAAUUUAGUUCCAGCUGUUGCGGUUGAGAAGCCUGAUGAUAAAUAUGUUAGACUUAAGAUCGGGUGGUCAGGAAUCAAGCCUAUGGCUGUAUCGAACAGCUUGUUUUCUUCCUAGGUGGUGUACUCCUAGAAAUUAUUCAUGGAAGUGUACCGCCCGGUUCUCCGAAUUCUGAACCUAUUUUAGGGGAAAAAAACGAACAUGUUCCUUUCCACAUCGGUUUUCAGUCCUGGCCUCGAAAAUCCACACUCGUUUUCAGACCUGGCCUCAAGGACUUGUGCAUAGUUUGCCAACCCAAUGGGGAACUUAAGCAACGAAGACGGCGACGGCAACGAGAACGGCAAAAAAGCAAUAGAGUUUUAUCACCAAAACAACAACUUUGCACGUGCAUCACGCUUUUUUGUACAUUUCUUUGCGGUCGUUGCACGACUACGCCGUGAAACUUGCCAAUUUCACGUUUCGUGGAAGACGCGAACGCGCAAAAACGAUUUUCGUUUUCUUUUUCUAAACUUAGAUGCCAGAAGAAUCUUCUAACAUUUGAUGAAAUGAACGAGAAGGAACAAGAGAGAUGAAGUGUAAGACAGCAUGAAGUUUUCUUUCUCUAUUUAAACUUGAGUUCGGUACCUGAUGAAUCAACUCCAGGGAAAUACACCUCCAUUUGACAUUUUCGGCGAUUGGAAUAAACGCGACAAAGUUUGAAAAAACGAGAAUUCAUUUUAAAAGUGACGUUUUCGCUGCCAUCGCCGUCGUCGAUGCUAAAGCUCCCUAAUAACUUAAGCUCCCACCUUAUGUAAGCGCAACCGUACUAUUUGAGCAUUUCUUAGUAUUUUAUAGUAUCAUUUGACACUAAACGUUCUUAUGCAUUUGGACGCCCCCAUAUGGUUCCCUUAAAAAAGCAUACCCAAUUUCAUACAAAAACGGCUCAAACUCCAUAUCCAUUGGGGCAGCACAUGCCUAUACAGCUACAGGGGAGUAAACCAACCGGGAUUAUCUUUGACAAAAAACGUCGGCUUAGGAGGCUACAUUUCCCCUAGGGCGCCCGGUUUUCAUAAUGAUACGAGCAAAUUUUUCGAAAUCUUCCCAAGCCAAAAAAAGAGUAUCUGGUGAAUUUAGAGGAACUUUAUUAUUAAACUAGAGUGACUAGUUAUUGUUGCUACAAGCCAAAGUUAGCUUCUUCUUUUGAAAGUGUUGCUUUAUUCAGACCUAGCUAGACCUUUAAAGAAUUUGUGUAAUUACGAAUACCGCCUCCUUUUAAGGCUAAACACGCUGAAAGUGCAGGGGCGACAGCCAUUGGAUUAAUGCCUACGACCUACUACAUUCCUAAAACCGUAGGUUUGUAUUUUAUCUUUCCGUUUCACUGUCAGAAACUGUUAUGGCGUAGUGUGCUAUUGUUCUCAGUAAGUUUUGAGCCCUUAGACGAAGACAAUCUCUUAAAAAUAGAAGGUUUUGAACAGGCUAAUAUCAUACGGUGUGACCAUUCAAAUGAAACCUCUUCAGCAGUACUUUCACAUGGUACUAUCUAUUUAUUAUGUAGUCUAACUUUUGAGUCUGUUGAUGAAGUCCUAUGGUGUUACCAUUGAAAUUAAACCUCUUCAGCAGUACUUUCACAUGGAACUAUUUGUUUUUAAUUUGUAUGUUGUCUAACUUUUGAGUCUCUCGGUCGAAAUCCUAUGGUGUGAUCAUUCAAAUUAAACCUCUUUAACAGUAUUUUCACAAGGUGCUAUUUAUUUAGUGUGUAGUUCCAACUAGUGUGUCUUUGGACGAAAUCCUAUGGUGUGAUCAUUCGUGACAAAUGACACCGCUUUUCAGCUGUACUUAUUGUUAUGUGACUACAAUGUUGAUCAUCCCUUACAAGAGCGCCGACUAGCAUACCGGGUUUGGCCAAGUAGAGUUGUCUGCUUACGAAAGUUUCCAUAAAGAUUAGACAGCUUCGACGGCUGAUUUAUAUACUGUUUAAAAAAACGAGCAGGAGUGUAUUAUCAGGUUAAAAACCUCGCGGCAAAGCCCAGAGUUUUCACACCUGAUAAUACACGACUGCGAGUUUUUUGAACGACGUCAAAAUCUCUGAUGUAGAUCAAUUCAUUCUCGCACCAAUAUCGAUUUGGGGAUAUUUUGGUUUAAAAAAAUUGGACGUAAAGUUUGACUGUGUCUUUCAGAUAUAUAUAAAGACACUCAUUACAUGCGUAAACAUUAAUUUCUUUUGUUUUUUCUUUAUGAAUUAUUAAUGAUUUUUGGAAUGCUUUAUUUACUUGUAUUUACUCAUUUACUCGUACACGAUUGCAUUAUCUUGUUUCCAUUUUUCUUGCCUCCUCAGAUGACCUUGUAGAAUAUGUUCUGCAGGUUGCCAACUGUGCGCCCAACACUCCUUUGUUUUACUAUCAUAUUCCAGUGUGGAGCCAUGUCACAUGUAAGAAACGAUAGCUGGGCUACGUUUUUACGUAUACGUUAAACAACACUUAGCCUGUUCCAGGCGUUCAGAUAGUAGAGCGCCGGAGAAAAAUUCACGAAGGAAAAAAAAAACGUUUUCCCGGUGUACAACUUGACUCGCUCCCCACUUACCGCCGCCCUCUACUAUCUGAACGCCUGGAACAGGCUAAUCAACACUAAAAAAAUAGCUUGCGUUUAGACACCAACUGGGCCAGGUUCCUGAAACGCUGAUUAGCGCUAAUCCAGGCUUAAAUUUUGUUCUGUUUUCGUAUUAACCUUCCUAUGUAUUGCUUAGAGUAACAUUUUGCGUGUGUUAUCAUUACCGUAUCCUAGAGUGAAGGCUCAGCAGUAUUUUGGAAGCUCGUGUUUGCAUGUUCUUAGACAAGAAUACCUUGAUUAAAAUUAAGCUUAAUUCUGGGUUAAACUUAACCAUCUUUCGAGGAUCCGGGCCCUGCGCUAACCCGGGUUUUAAUUUUAUCUGCCGUGGGUUUCUUUUCUGCUGUUGUUACGUUGUUGCUCGCAAGCAUUUUAUCGGGUGAUUUUCUCUAUUCUUUAUAGAGCAUCCAAUCAUCAAAUUGUAGACCAAAUGAAUUAACCUGAAUUGGCUUUUCAGUCUGAUUUCAAAUUUGGCGCUAACCUUGGACAAGAGCCAUAAUAGGACUGCCUUGGAUUAUUAGCUGUUAACCCAGCUUUGAGCAACUCGGCCCAGCGCUUCCCACAUAGCUGGCGGCCUCCUUGAGCAGCUUGGAAGCGCGUUUGUCGAAAAUGAAAUUUCCCUCACCGUACUCCAUCAAAAUCAUGUCAAGCUACACAGGCUAGCAGAGCUUACAAAAGUAUACGUCUGUGGGUGUCCACACAAGAAAACGUAGAGUAAAAGUGUCGGCUUUAUACAGAUCUAUUCUCUUCGGAGACCUUUUAAAUUCACUUGCGCCAAGGAAGGCCUAAUAAAUAAAUACGGGGGAAACGUGUAUCGGCGUCGGCUUUGUCAGCUCAGGUAACCGCGAGAACGAACCGGAUAAAGAAGACACACAUUUUCCACGAGGCUGAGGUUUAUUGUGCCAUCUCUUUCAGCGAUCCUGAUUGUAGGACGUUUUGGGUCGGGCGACGAUAUCGCUCUCUGAGAGUAGGACGCAGCUUUUAAAAUUUGUGGAAGUUGCAUUUUAAGGUGGUCCGUACUCCCCCCGGACACACUCCCUACAUCCACCACUGAGAUCUCCUCGGUGUUGAAUUCUGAGCGCUCUGUAAGAUAAGUCUGCUUACGACUUUGCCGCUGAUUAUUUUUUGCUUCGCAGUUUUAAUGGAAGACUUCCUAAAAGCCGCAAUCUUAAGGAUUCCAACUUUAGCGGGAGUGAAGUUCACGAGUACAGACAUGUUUGACUUGGGCCGUUGUCUUGUCCUCUCUGCUCUUGAUGAAAGAAUUCAAAUUCUCUUUGGCAGUGAUGAGGUUUGUCUAGUGUGUUUAGGCAUGCUAAUUAAGCGCUAAACUCUCUUAACUUACCACAGGGAGCCCAGACUCGUAGCAAUCGAAGCCAAAUGAUAAACGGUUAAAAGAUACAUUCAUAAAAGGAUGUCUCUGUUAUCUUCUUACUUUUUCCGGAAGACAACAACUAAUCGGUUUUCUAGUCCUGGGUGGGUGCUAAUCAUGUCAAGUCAUGCUAUGAUGUGGAGUAAAGAAUCAAAAACUACGGUGCAGCUUAAAGUUUUGUUUCUGUUUCAUUUAGAUUCUCAUAAGUGCUUUGGCAAUGGGUGCCUGUGCCAGUGUCGGAGGGUAAGUCAAUCGUUUCUCUUCCAAAUCCCUCCCCUCUGACUCACUUGUUUUCUCGCUCAUACUUGUUCCCAAUGCUCAGUCCGUCAAGGCAGUGACUUCUACCACAGGGUCCCCAGAGGAGUUCAGUUUGUCUAUGAACAUCCAAAACUUUAAAAACUACCUCUUGUGAAAACCCAUUCGCAAUGGCUAUGUUUAUCACGCAGUCAUUGCGUUUCAUUUCCAUAUAUACGGGAAACCUAAAGGACUGAAUACACCAAGAUAGGUUUACACACUGUGCCUCGCUUUCCAAAUGCGUCGCCCUUCUUUCCCACCGAGCGUUAGAUAGUAUUUUUCCAGGUUUAUAACAGGAUUGCAUGACGGUUUAAUCGAUCAAAGAGUACGAAUCGUAUUAUCUGUAUCAACUGUAAAAUUUAAAUGCAAUCAAGGACACAAAUAACUCUUCUGCAUCGUUUGCUUCUACCAAGAGAGGAUAAAGCUUAUAGGCUUCCGAUGUAGAAGAGUCACAGGUCACCUUAAGUAGCGGAUUUUCCAGAAUCUUUGUAUCCGAAGGAACCUUGCUUACGGGUUUUUGUUUGCAGUAGUCGUUUCUACUUAAGGCUUGUCUAAAUUCUUUAAAGUUGUUGUUAAUAAAAAAAUGUGCCCACCGGGGAGAGUCUCUAAAUGUAGAGGAGGUGGGUUUGUAGAUCUUAUUUUCCCAGCAUUCCCGUUGACUCCUGGUCCCAAUGGUUCUCUCUCCACGGCCUCUUUGUGUCGUGGGGAGGCUGGGGAGAGAGAAAAAUAAAGCGCGGGGGACAGGAUGGGAAUUAGGGCAAAGAGAGGCCUCAAGCUCCCGCUUUUUCUCUCUUCCCAUCGUCCCCCGCGCGCGUUUUAUUUUUCCAUUAUUGCUAUUCUAAUUGGGAUACCCAGUGGGAGCCUCUGCAGAGGAGAGAGCCAGUGGUUCAAAACCCAUGAAAAGGCAAAUCUCCGAGGAUAUUGCUGUUUCGUUUUCAGUUUUGUGCUAAAGUCAUUAUUUAGUGCUUCUACCCAUACUCAAAAUGCUCCUGUAGAGUUAUGAAGAAGAUAUCUGCAAACAAAUUUCACCAGGGAACAAUAACCGUAAUGUUUUGUGCAGGCAUAGCAUUGAAACUUGAAAACGUUGGCCCAACUUUUUUAACCAAACCUGGGGCCCUUUUCUCGAAAGUCCCGGUAACGUUUCGGGCCCGGAAAGCUGUUUUAUGUUUGCCGUGUUUGUAUUCAAGAUCAAAGUUUUGUUUAUUUUGAAAAUGAUUAAAUGAAACUAUCAGUUAACGAAACGAUGCAAAAUUGACAGGUUUGUGAGCUAGGAACUGUGCUACUAUUCAACAUGUUUUCAUUUUGAAUUUAGCCUUUCGACCCGAAAAGUUUUCGAGCCUUUCGAGAAACUGGCCCCUGGACCGUUCUUUUUAGAAUUAAAUUGAUGCAAAGGCACAUUUAAGCUUUCUAAAAGAUCUCAAAAAGAGUAACAUAUUAAAAAGUGUAACAUUCAAGGAACAAUACAUCUUUUUUGUUAACUUUUCAGAACUUAUAACUUUGCUGGACGGCUACACAAUCGUAUUUUUGAUGCUUUCAACAGGGGAGAUAUAGAAACUGCAAGGAAAGAACAGGUGACUAAUGCUGACUGUCAAUGAAUUUCACCUUAGCGGAGUCUUUCUGUCAAACGUGAUCACUGGGAGCCCAGACUCACAACAGCCUACUGGAAGCCAAAUUAUACAGCUAUAGAAGUUUACUUGUAGAUACCUCAUAAAGAUUUGUCUGUGUUGUUUUCUUACUGUUUCCUGCCCUAUAGACGGCAUUUAGCAAGUUGUAAUGUUUUGGUUCCCCUAAAAUGGCUUUUAUAGGGCAGGAAACAAUGAGAAAACAACAACUCUUCAUGAGAUAUAUAUUAUUUAACAGCCUUUUAUAUACAUUUUAACCGUUUUAUCGAUCUUACGAUAAAUUCCCAUACAAAUCCUUAUAAUUUGGCUUCCAGUAGGCCGCUGUGAGUCUUGUAUCACUGUGACGCAAUGAGCAAUUAUUCUCUUUAUCUUUUUAACAAAAGAUUUUUAAGGAUACUGUGAAAGCUAAAGAGACACGAAACUUUAACUGCCGUGAUAAGUACACUCAACACCCGCGUAUAAGAACCUAGAGAACUAACAACUUUAGAAAUUAGAACCCAUUAUAUAAGAACCUGAAAUUUCUUGUAACCCGGUGGCCCACAAAUGAGGAAAAUGGGAAAUAAUUGAACUAAACAUGACAACUUUUUCUUUUAUUUUAUUCCCCAUCAUGACUGGUGACCGAGAGGUCAGCUAUAGGCCAAUUUUUUUUCCCUGUCUGCCCUGGCUCCAGUAACAGUCCCAUAAGUCUUUGCGAAACUUUACUCGGCAAAGUUUUCUUCCAAUUUUUGAAGUGGCGUAUUCACUUCUUUCACAUAGACCAUAAUGCACCUUCUUUAUUCCCGCCCCCCCUCCCCACCCCCCAUCCCCCGCCCCCCAAUAUUGUAUAAUCGCUGUUUCCAAUUUCUCCGGGGUAUUACAGUCGUCCCAAGUGAAAUCCAAGACAAUGGUUAUUCAAAAUUUUGGGGGGUAAACACGGUGCAUUAUGGUCUAUGUGAAAAUGGUCAAUGGGGUCAGUAUUAAAGAGCUUCCACUUAACCGCUCUGAUUUGAGUUUCUUUCUGUACUGCUGUGAUCAUUGUACCUGAAAGAGUAAUCCAAUGUCCAAUCAGGAAUGGAAAGAGAUUAAGGUAGCGGGCGCUAAGCACGACUGAGAAAACGAGUGUUCAGUAGCAAGUCACAUGGUUUGUUGAGUCACAAAGUUUCAUUACGUUGCUAAUCAAAUGGUUUUCCAUCCUUUGACAUGCAGUACCGAUCUCAAAGCAUGGUGAAAAUAUACACGAAAUACGGUAAGUGCCAAGGUCCUCGUGGCAUGAAAUGGCCGUUUUUGAGCCGGAUUGUGCGCGCGUGCUCUGGCUCGGUGUCGAAUUGUACUAUGGGACUCUUCUGGGGGAUAAAUUUGUAACCAGUAAAACCCUUGAAUGCAGAAGUCCACUCAACGCGUAAAUAAAAUCGACUGCUUCUUUCUUGUCCGAUCUCUUAUGUAGAGACGUUGAACUGUACCUUAUCAAUCACUUUAUGGUGUAAUAGUUUUGAUCUAUCAUGCUAUCUGUUGUUCUCAUAUUUAGUUUAUCAUUAACCUCUCAUGCAAAUUUAAAGUCAAAUUUUAGAAGCCGUUAUAGUAUUCUUUUUCAGUGUAGCUCUGGCCCUAAGGAAGGCUAAUUUUGUUCGCCGAAAUAUUGACCUCUAGUAAAUCAGUCCUUUGCUGUAUUGCCAGGCUUGCGUUCAGUUUUGUUUUUGUACCCACUCUUGAAAUAGCCAACAAAGGAGGCCAUAACUUCCCCACAACAGUUCCAUAUAUGGACACUUCUAUGGCCCAGUCCCAGCAGGCGCGGCACCCUCAAAAUCGAAAGAAGUCUGGGAAGAGGGCGUGGUAACCAUGGUUGUUUACCAUUUACAAAAAGUUUCCGGAAAAUGCGGUUGGAAAGUAAAUGAAACACGACUUUUCGGGGCGUUUUGGUGGAAAAUUUCCGGUAGCAACAGAAUGUCUGAAAAGGUAGUCCUGUUUUUCCGGUCGGAAUAUUCCAAACGAAAAUUCGUGUUCCAUUUCUUCAAAGCCAUCUUUGAUACCAGUUUCAGGCCUCCGCGGCCGUUUUUCGAUAAAUGGAACUAAUUUGUGCAAAUGGUAAACGCGAUUCCGGGACGUAAUCAACCGGUUCUAAAUUUUGCUUACCGUCUACCCAAAUCGUGAACCGACCGGUUUGCUAGUGUAGAUGGUAAGCAACCCAUGUUUCACUUUACUAUGGGCGAAGAAUAUCGUUCGUUAUACCUUCGUCUGGCUCAGAUGACCUACACAAAAAUGGUGUCCUUAACUUAGCUCUUUCUUGCUAAAUACACUGACACUUAAUUUACGUACGGUAGUCGUUUAUAUACUGAGGUAUUCGUUAUAUAGGGCUAUUCGUCACAUCGGGGUGUUUGUUUUAUUGAGGUAUUCGUCAUACCGGGGUACUCGUUAUACCGAGCCGACGUGUUCUGGGCUAUUCGUCAUACUUGGGUAUUCGUUAGUAUAUCGUGAUGUUCAUUAUACAGGGGUGUCCGUUAUAUGUAAGGGAUAUUUCUCGGCUGGUGUCAUUUUUGAUAUUUGUCUUUACGUUCUUAUUGAUCCCUGGCAUGGUUUAUACGUUUCUGGGAAACUGCCCAUCUAUCUAAGCCAACAUUUUGCCCUAAAUGACAAGUGAGUGUUGAUGUUGGCUUAGGGGAGGGGUAGGUGGGCAGUUUCCCAUAAACGUAUAGUGAUCAGUCUUAUCUGUGCUUCUAGGUGGGCAUGCGGGUGUUGGAAAGGCUAUCAUGAGAUUCCUAGGCUUGGAUCUAGGUCCCUCUCGACCACCCCUUUCUCAGUUAUCGGCGAUGCAAGAAGCGGUCCUUAGAGAGGAGCUGGAAGAAAUAGGUUUCUUCGCAUGGAAAUAA